AUGCCGCCCCUCAAAGUCCACCACCUCCAAUACUCCCAAUCCGAACGCAUCCCAUGGCUCCUCCACGAACUCGCCCUCACCAACCAACCCAUCCCCUACGAGCUCAUCAUUCAUCGCCGCGCCCCAUACUUCUCGCCCCCAGCCCUGGUAGCCCUCCACCCGAUGAAGGCCGCUCCUGUCCUUGAAGACGGUCCCCUUAUUCUCGCUGAAUCCGGCGCCAUCAUCGAAUACGUCCUCGACACCCACGCCCCCUCCUCCACCCUCAAACUCCGCCCCAACCAACCAGGCUACACCAACUACUUAUUCUGGUUCCACUGGGCGAAUGCAAACCUACAGCCAUGCAUCAUGCGCUGCGUCACUCUCGUCCGUACCGGCUUACCCGACUCGCACCCAGCCAAGGUCGGGGUGGUGGAGAGGCUGCAUACUGCGCUUGCGUUCUUGGAUGCGCAUCUCAGGGAGGAUGGGGUGGAGUGGCUUGCGGGGCCUGAGGGGGGGUUCAGUGCGGCGGAUAUUAUGAUGGUGUUUCUGUGA